AUGACUGCUACCAGCAGUAGAAUAAAAGGGUUUUUACAAAAAGUUCCUAGCAGAAAAACAUUUAGCAUCUACAGAUUCCUGCCUUUCUUUUUUAAGCUGGAGACAGUCAUGGAGUGUUUCAUGAUCAACGUCCAGAUUGGGCAAGAAACAUUUUAUGAUGUGUACAGAAGAAAGUGGUCAGAGAGAAAGUGCCAAGACAAACUUGAAGGUCUGACCACUUAG